GAACUCAGCAGUGACAUGUCUAUAUACCCCCUUAACCAAAUGUCAGCUGAUUUUCGACAACAAAAAAUACUUUUCAAGUGAUAUAUUUUAUUAUGAAUUAAAGUUUCAUAUUAGCAUCGUGACAUGGAUCAUUCGAAGAAAAAUAGUAGUUGGCUGAUGCCAUCGUUUGACUCUACACCUAUGAAGAAAUCAUCAGCAAUGAAACGUACUACAUCGCAAGUAUUAGGAAGUAGUAUUAUUUCCAAUAUUUCAAGUACCUAUGUCAUACCUCUUAAGAGAAGAAACACUAGCAGUUUGUCUGCUUUACUGGAAGCUUGCGAACCACGGAAGCCUUCUGAAUUAGUAGUCAGUAGACAGAAACAACAAGAUAUUUUAGCUUGGCUGCAACAUAAAGUUAGGAAGGGUCAACCUUGUGCAUUAAUUUUGUAUGGUCCAUCUGGCUGUGGGAAAACUGCAGCUUUAAGAGUACUUGCCAAGGAAAAUGGUUUUAAUGUUACAGAAUGGAUUACUCCUGUUGACCAAGCCAUGGAUGAAAACAAUAGGGUAAUGAGACAAGGAGAUAGAUUUGAGGAUUUUUUAAUUAGGGUUACUCGAUAUAGCUCAGUUCUAAGUAAUAGCUCCAGUCGUCUUCUUUUGGUAAAGGAUUUCCCAAAUGUUUACUUUCAAGAUACAGAUAGCUUUUUCUCGGUUUUGGAAAAAUAUUUUGAAAUGGGAAAAGAACCUAUAGUUUUUAUAUGCUCAGAAACUGGAAAUUCAAAAUUGUUGCAAAUGUUAUUUCCUCCUAAUGUAAAAGAAAAGUUUGGUAUAGACUCAAUUAACAUAAAUCCUGUCACGCAAACUGCAAUGAAGAAUGCAUUAAAACGAAUAGGCGAUAUUUUAAAUUUAACUGCUGGGCAGAUGAUACAUGUUUCUCAGCCUAAAAUUGAUGAAAUAUUAUCUAAUAAUAUAGGAGAUAUUAGAAAUGCUGUGUUAAAUCUUAUUUUCAUUUCGUUAAAAGUACCUGAACAACUUGAAAACGUAUGUAGUUCUCGAGUAGAGAGUUUGGGUCUUCUGCAUGGUGUUGGUCGAGUAAUAAAUCCCAAAAGAACUCAAAAUGGAAAUUCAUGGAAAUUUGUUCACGAUCCUGACGAAAUUGCAGCUUUCUUUCAAUCGCAGGCGACAGUAUAUCUAAAAUUUAUUCAGGAAAAUUAUUUAAAUACUAUAAGAGGAAUAGAGGAAGCGAACGCCUGUGCAAACAUCUUAAGUUUAGGAGACGUUUUAAAUUCUGAAUGGCGUGAUAUCAAUUUAACUAAAGUUACUUUGUCAUUCUGCACUCGAGGUCUAAUGGUGAUGAAUGAAAAACCAGUGUCUGGAUGGAAUCCUGUAAGGAAACCACAAAAUGACAAAAUUGACAUGCAAAGGUGUUUGGAAAGCGCAGAGAUUCGAUGGUACGAGUCUAUAAUUAAAUCAAACUCCAAACGUACAGAGGAAUUGCCUGAUUUUGAUACCGAAUCAAUUAUCGAGUGAAAUUCAUGGAAACACGUUAUGAAGGAAGGAAGUGAAUUAUGUAUUUAUUUAAAAUUUAUUUUUUACUAGUAUUACGUAGAUAUCAAAUAUAAUAUCAGUAGAAAACGAACGGCGCGAAGAAUAUAGAUACGAAUCAUUUUUCGAAUAUCUUUGAUUAUUUAACAGUUCUUGAACAGUUUGUAUAUAUUGUUAAAUAAUGGUUUU